AAUGUUCCCGGGUGCAAUAGUACGCGUACCAUACUCUUGCGAAACGAACAAGCGCUGUCUCCAACAAAAACAAUCUUGUUCACCUUGUGUAAAGAGACGGAUAGAGUUUUGAUUCAGACGCAAGCCGUAGACGGGCUGAAAAGACAAGAAUUGAAAAAGAAUCAUGCACCAAACUGUCACAUCCAGCAUUGCUCUUGUUGCGCUCCUCCUUUGCAUUGCACAUACGGGCUUGGUGAUGGCGCAAGAGCUAUCCCAUGUUGAUUCACCUGUAUGUGGAUAUGAUCCUUUCACCGACAACCAGGUGUCGGGCGUAAAUAUACCAGACAACGAAAGGGGCAACUUUUUGCGAACGUGUAAGUUACUCGCAAACAACGCGAUACCACGUAACAUUGUAAAUUCUCGUUUGCGUUGCAUUUUCGUUUGUGAUUUGCUCUGCGUUUUUCGUUUCCCUUCUUUCUUUUGCGAUGUGGACGCUUUCUUUUGACCAUCUUUGAAUGUUGCAGUGUCUUGGCACCUUUUACUCAUAAUCCUUUCAUUUCAAAUGGAAUGAUGCAAUGCAAUGUGACGUUCCAACACAACAACGACAAUGGCAAAAAAGACGAAGUUCUAUGCGACCACACCUCGAAGAUUGGUCUAUCGGUGAUGGUGGAGGAAGCCCCUACAUUUUUCGUUUUCUGUCUCAUUCUUAACAAUCCGGUCAACGCCGACAUUUUACAAUUCGUCGCCACCGGGAGGAAUCUCCACACCCUGUUUGCCCCCACAGACGAAGCAUUUUUCUCCAUCCCUGGAUUCGCCGUGACGGCUGCCGACAAUGACGGAAACCCGACCGCGAUCAACCUCUCGAACCAGAGGCAACGGGGGAUUCUAGGAGCACACAUUUUGCCAAGUUUUGCGCGGGUGCUCCUAAACCUCCGGUGCGACGGAUUUUACCGCACCUAUUUCGACUAUUUCCCGGAAGCAGCCGGGAACGGCAGUUACAGUUCCCGGCAGUCGACCAAGACGAAGUGCCUGAACGGUGGCACUACUGCUCAGAUUGGACGGGGCAACCCAUCAUAUCGUCUCCCGGUAAUCGGAAGCCCGUCCAACGUUUUUGAGGGUCCGUUGUUUCUGCGGCUGCAACCCCCUUCCUAUACCUUUUCAUACAGUUCUGAGGGUGACUUGUCCAGGGACGUUGUCGUUUGCAACGGUGUCCUACAGGUAAUCGACAAUGUCAUUCUUCCCGUAAGCAGCGGAGGCCAAAGCGGCAGAAAGAGUGGCAAAGGUGGAAAGGGAUUUUAUGGAGGUUCAAAGCACACCAAGAUGCAAAAGUAUGGAAAGGACACCAAGAAGCAAAAGUAUGGAAAGGACAGGGCACAGCUUAGCUUUUAUGACCCGGUCGUCGAUGAGGUUAUUGAUGAGGAGUUGAUCUCCGAGGCAUCUGUUUCCGGGGCGUCUGUUUUGGAUACGAGCAUGACACUCGACGAGUACCACAAGCAGUAUUUUGGGAUCGGUGGCGGGAACCGCCGUGACCUACUUUUUCUGAACUAUACCAAGAAGGAAGACGAGAGUGGAUAUGGAGACGGCAGAAAACUCUCCGAUCGGAACGAGGAACGAAAGCGGCGAACUAAACGGUUGCUCGAGUUGCUCGGGGAAAAAGCAGAACCAGAAGAACAGAGUAACUAAAGCGACUCUGAAAAGGUGCAACGAUAACUUGUUCGAGGAUUUCACCAGCAUCAAAUGCCCGUGUGGCGGGAACGAAGACAAGAAGAAUAGAUUUCGUUCCUGUGU